GCUUCAGUCGCCUUUUCUCAGAAACCAGAGGCUGUCAGAGGGGAACCUGCUGCUCCGCUCCUCUCUGACACACACUACAGCUAUGUGGCUUCAUUAGGACCGAGUCAAAGUUAACUCCACACGGAACCACCGAGUCUCUUCUAGUCGGUGUGAAGGAUCCUACGUUUGGAAAUGCUUUAAUAAAUUACUGCUAGCUAACUGGUUAGCUUCCGGGUUAGCUCGAAGAUUGGACCGUCUUGCUAAUUCGUCGCUUUCAGACCAAAAUUUAAGCUAAAUCCUCCGCAAAGCAAAACUUCUGCAGGAUUCAUAUAAAUUCGGACAGCUAAGAUGGAGUCGGGUAAUAUGUUUGGCUGCACCAGCCCUGUGAGAAGCGGUCUGAAGAGCAGGCCCGACGGGAUCCCCGGGCUUUCCUCGCUCACUCUGCCCGAGCUGAGCACAAAGAACACGCACUGCAGGAACCUGUUCUCCCCCGGACCCGCCGCCGUGCUGUCGCCUGUCACCAACUUGGCUCUGGACAUGAACAAUUUAGCUGGACUCGGAAGUCAAUGUGAUACACCGAAAAGGAGAAAGCACGCACCCCUGGAGAAGGUCCCCUCCUUUGCUUCUGAAGUCUCAUCUGAUGCCGGCCUCGGCAUGGAUCUCCCCAGCCCCAUGGAUGGUGUGGAAAUGGAGGACACGUUUGAAAAGGCCAUUCAGCAGUCGAGCAGAGUCAUCAACGUGAGGAUGCCAAUUCGCAGAAUCAACUCACUGCCGCUCCAGCUCCAGAGUUUCAGUCCAUGUCUGAAGGGACAGGAACCAGAUCCCCACCGCUACGGAAUAUUCGGACAACAACCCUCCCAAAUAAACGCCUCCUCCGCCUCAGGACACGACAACAAGGAGAAUGUGCCGGAGGAGGGCUUUGAAUUCAAGAAACCAACAAAGCCGGUGUCACGGUGUCGUGUGCGCUCUUUCAACAGCGGUCGGUCAAAGGACGCGUUUGCCUGCCGUCCCAGCUCCGCACCGGCCCUCAUGUUUUCUUCACCUCCUCCAGGUCAGCAGCUGGACUUCUAUGACUCCAGCCCCAUGUUCCUGAGACGCUCCUCCCCAACCUCCUCUCUAAACGAUGACGAAGACGACGGCUUCCUGGACGUAAUGGAUGACAACAUGGAGAAUGACUGUGGGAUGCCGAUGGGAAUGGCUAGCCUGCUCACCGCCCCGCUGGUGGCUGACAGUGCAGGAGAAGACUCGCCUGUGAUCCGCUGCCGGCCGCGGAGCCUGUUCCGCUCCCCCUCCAUGCCCAGUCCCAGUCCAGUUUCGUCCCGUCCCUCUGUGAAGCGUCCCGACUGCCCAGGGGAUGAAAACACACCAGUGAGGGUGAAGAGGCGACGCAGCCUGGCAGGAACACAGGUCACCACCCUGGAGCAAAACCCCGAAUCCCCAAGAAUGAGCUGCUCACUGCUCCAGAGGUCCAAGUCCUUCUGCCAGACAGACAUCGAGAAGCUGCUGGACAGCGAGGACGGUUCCAACGAGCUAAUUGGUGAUUUCACCAAGCCUUUCGUUCUCCCCACAGUGGAAGGCAAACAUCAAGACCUCAAGUACAUUAACCAAGACACGAUGGUGGCAGCUCUGUCUGGCAAGUUUAAUCAUCUGGUUGAGCGAGUCAUUGUCGUGGAUUGUCGAUACCCUUACGAGUUUGAGGGAGGACACAUCAAGGGAGCUCUGAACCUGCACCAGGAGGACCAGGUGGAGGACUUCCUCCUCAAAACGCCCGUCGUCCCGUUGUCCCAGGACAAACGUGUCGUCAUCAUUUUCCACUGCGAGUUCUCGUCAGAGCGUGGCCCUCGAAUGUGCCGCUUCGUCAGGGAGCGAGACCGCGCCAUGAACGAUUAUCCCCACCUCCACUACCCAGAGCUCUACAUCCUCAAGGGUGGAUACAAAGACUUCUUCCCUCAUUUCCAGUCACAAUGUGAACCUCAGUCCUACCGGCCCAUGCACCACGAGGACUUCAAGGAGGACCUGAGGAAGUUCCGCCUCAAGAGUCGCACCUGGGCCGGGGAGCGCAGCAAGAGAGACAUGUACAGCCGCCUGAAGAAGCUGUGAGCGCCUCCUCGUCCUCCCAAACUGCCUCUAAGACACACUGCCUCCCCCUCAACGGGCUCAAGUACAAACUCCUCGCGGAGCCAGAGGCCCCGCCCCCACAGACGAGGAUUCUCUUUUGGGAUCGCACCAACAGAAGGGGAUUUUCUAAAGUCCCAAAUCUUUUCAUUUAACUUUAGCAAAGUUAGUUAUUUAUGCAGAUUGAAAGAGGGGCGAGACGUGAUGAUGAACGCUUGAGGUGCAGUGAACAGAUUUCAUCAAGAAGCAAUGUGAUUGAUUUUAUAACCACUCGAACCCACUGCCUGUUUGACUUUUUUAUUAUCACGCUGGCAUUCGCAGCACGAAUCACUGCCAUGAUGCAAUAACCACACUGCCCAGUCUGCCGUUUGUCUUCAGUCUCCUCACUGGAUGUUUUUAUUUUGCUUCUGUCAUGUCCCACCUUAUUUAAGCACUUAAUUUAAAUACCUUGAAAUGGUCAGGUGCUUUUUUUUUUUUUUUUUUUGGAUACUGCUUUUAUAUAAUUUUUAAUGAAUUUGUGUUUACGCCCAUUUAAACUUUGAUUCCUUCUAAUAGUCUUUUCUCUAAAUGUCCCAAAAUGCAAAUUGGAUAUUUUAACAGUAACGUGUACAGUGUGAUAUUCAUGCAGCUUUUUUGUUUUUCUUUCUUUUCUUUUUUUCAAUAUUUGGUACCUCUGUGUUUUCUCUCGGUCAGAAGAUGCCAAAGCAAACAAACUACCUGUUAACUGUGCAGUGAGAUUUUUCGGAUGCUGCAGGUCAGCAAGUGAGAGAGGGUUUUUGGUCCAAGACAAACGUUUUGUUUUUUGCUUUGAUUCCUUUAAGUUUCAGAGACAACAUGUCUUCCCCUCUGCAGAGCUAAUGAUGUCGGAUUAUCAUGAACGGGGUGGUUUGAAUAUUUUGGUACAGGCUCGUGGGGGAGCUGCUGAAAUAAAGAGCCGAUGUGUGUUCAUA